AUGGGCACCCAGAACAACUUCGACCAAGCCGGUGGUUUCGGCAAUGCCAUGGCCAUCGACAGCCCCUCAGUCACCUACCUGUGCGGCGAGUGCUCUGCCCGUGUUCCCCUGAAGCGCGGCGACCAGAUUCGCUGCAAGGACUGCGGUCACCGUGUGCUGUACAAGGAGCGAACUAAGCGUAUGGUCCAGUUCCAGGCUCGGUAG